AGGAGACAGACUCCGUUACGCACCGACACGAGCGCGCUUAGAUCCACGCACGCGUUGCACACGCGGCCACCGGAUCGCGACAAGGCGCGUUUUCGAGUCUUCGACCCAGCACUGCUACUAGACGUGUCCAGCCAUAUAGCUGAUUUCUCUCAAGGACGAUAACAGGUUUGUGGUCAGCGAUGGAAGUGGUAACCUCUACUACCGAAAACGAUUCGCCGCGAGACCUGGACGACGCCUUGGAGAAUCUCUACGAGGCCCUUGGACGGCUUUCAAGCUUGGUAGGAAAUGUGUUGGACGCUUGUCCUGCGAGGACUAGCCAGGAUAUUCUAUCUCGGAUUCGUCUCCCUGGACCAAGAGGCGUUGAGCUCCGAUGUCCCCCAGGCUGCAUCCAGGUACCGUUGCGCACGGAUUUGCACGGUCUCUUCACCAUCACCGCAGUAUGUCACUAUUGGCGCGAUAUCUGCGUUUCGACGCCCAUGCUUUGGAGUCAACUUGCCAAUGGCGCUCCCGGGCUCCAGAAGCUGGUUCUCAAACAUCAUCCCACUGUGCCUCUCACAAUGUCUCUCACAUGCGAUGUCCUUCGCAACAUGCAGAUGCUUUCAGACAUACCAAAUCCGCGGUGCAAAGUACUGCAUUGGGUCUCUUGCAGGCAUCACACCAUUGCUCAAAGCAGACAACUCCCUAUCUCCGGUGCAGAUCUUGAGACUCUCAUACUAGGAGGGAACCCGACGUGCGCAUGUCAUACCCAACCCCUGCCUUUGAGGUCGUCUCAGGACACUACCUUGUUUGAUGACGAUACUCCCCGUCUACGCAGUGUGUCGUUGGUCGGCCUAACCUGGGUGCCGAUGAACCGUUUUUCGACCCUCACCCAACUCCUGAUAGGCCGUUGUGUCUGGCGCCACCCCGUCGCUUCUAUACUCGACCUGCUUCGGGACACCCCUCAUUUGGUGGACCUCGUACUCUCGAACAUGUUCCAAAGACCACGAGACGAACCUAACAUCCCUGAGGUGGCAGGAAAGGUCCGUUUGCGUAGUCUCCGACGGCUCGCGCUGCGCAACAUCGGAGACCGGAGUAUCGCUUUGAUACUUUCCAAGUUGGACAUGGCAUCGCAGUCCGUCACUGUCAUCGGCCAUUGGAUCCCCCGCCACUCCUUUGGUAAUAUGGGGCGGGAAUUACCUGAAGGCCUCUCUAGGCUUACGUGUAUGCGACCCAUUGGCAUGCAUCUCAGAAUCUUGCCAACCUCCCGAGAGGACCAGAUCCACGGUCAAGGCCAUCUCACUCUGUCUAUUGCCGCCGUCAACGAGCACGCCGGCGUACUUCUCAAGGACAAAGUCGUCCGCCCGAAUCGUCUAAGAUACGACUUCCCUGCCAGUGUUUUCCAACUCUCGCAUCUGCACGAUUUAUGGUGCCUGGAUACGCGGCACUGUCCCAGGAAGGAUCCAUGGCCCUCACGACUGUGGUCUUCCUUAUUGCCGGAGUUGACAGCCAUGGAGAACCUCACGAUUUUUGAUUCCAGUCUUCCUCACAUCGUCCAAUCGCUCAAUACCCCUGAGUCCAUGCUCAUGCGAGGGUGGUCGUUAUGCCCUCGCUUGACGAGAAUCACCGUCCUCGUGUCGCGCAGGUACCUGCCAAUCAACGAGGUGAUGUCGAAGCUCGCCAUGAUACGAGAGCGGAUACGGUUCUCGCACAUCACCAUUGGAUAUCUCCCGGAUUACACGGGAACAAGGCUAUCUCGAAGCGAUCGAGACCGCCUUGACGAAUCUUAUGAGUGCCUCGAUCUCGACGGGGUCCCUCCUGUGUCGCCUCCAUGGCCCGACCAGUCCCAACUCCCAGAUAUGCCCGCCGCAUAUUGGCCAUCGUUCGAGCGGUGGUCCAGUUGCAUGGCACCCGACGACUCCUACUGAUUUGGCCCAAUCAGGACGUACAUAGGCGAGAGCCGUCAGUCGCAGUUUGCUGUAAUCGGACACUCUGGCUCAACAUCAGCGUGCGCAGUAUAGUGCUCUCACAACCUAUGCGUUCACAAUUCUAUCAUUGGUGGGUAUGGUGGGUAUCCGUUGAUACAAGACAA